CAGUUAGGUUGUGUUGGAGGCCCUUCUUCCUUACCUCCAUAUCGUCCCACUCAGUUUGGUACUGCUGGUGCUUCCGUUUCUGCUUCUACUUCUAUAAGUGGCAGUGCCACCGCCACUUCUCAUGCUCCUACCACUAGUAGUUGUAGUGGGAAUGUUACCAUUGGACCUAGGAUUCGUAAAUCUAGGUUGGAUUCCUUCCUUGUGCCUCGCACUAUUCCUAGGUCCCAACCGUCGCUUGAGGGCAUGGGUUGGAACAAGGAGGUCCAUGAUGCUGCUAAAAUGGCAAUUGGCAGGUUUUGGAGCUACAGCUGUAUUCCAUUCUUUGUAGCCAGGUGAAUGUUUUACUAACUUUUAUGUUUGAUAACUUUGAUUGUUUUAAUUUUUAUACUUAACUUAUCUCAUUGAAUUUUUAUACUUAACUUAUCUCAUUGAGUUUCUUUGCGACAGGUCUCCUUAUUGGCAACAAAUGGUUGAUGCCAUUACCAUAUGCGGGGCGGGGUUCAAAGCCCCUAGUGAGGGUGAUUUGAGGGGACCCAUUUUGUCUCAAAUGGUGGAUGAUGUGAAAAAGGAUUUAGAUGAACAACGCCACAUAUGGAGCACUAAAGGUUGCACCAUCAUGACUGAUGGUUGGACGGAUAGGAGAAAUAGAACUCUCCUUAAUUUUCUUGUUUCUUCCGCAGGGGGCACCGUUUUCAUCAAGUCCAUUGAUGCCUCCGCCCAUUGCAAGAAUGCCACCUACCUAUGUGAGAAGAUAGAGGAGGUGAUUGAAGAUGUGGGUGAGGAGAACGUGGUAUAGGUGGUGAUCGACAAUGCAGCAAAUUAUG